AUGAGUAACCAGAUACCUCUGAGGCUCCCCAAAUGGCUCCAAAAGCUUGAAGGAAAAUCCAACUGGUCUUCGUGGCGCAAGGACCUUCAGGAAGCGUUUGUGACUGUUGAUCCCAUUUCCUGGGAAGUUCUGAUGAACAGAGGAGACGACAACAUCAAAGCGGAGCCAGGGACUGCCAGACAGGAGGAGCCAACGACCAUCGAAGAGGCACAAACUCUGAGCUCUUUUUUUGCGGAACAUGAUGACUCUUCUGACAACGACAGUGAUCUGAUGGUCACCAUAACAGGAAGCAUUCACACAAACCCCCCUGUACUCAACAGGAACAACCCCGUAGAUCUGCGUAAGCUUAACAUCCGUGCUCGCGACCUUCUCGCCUCGGGGCUUGGCACAGAACCGCUGGCUGAGAUUGAUCGGGUUAUGGAUGCACAUGAAGCAUACGUCAAGCUCGAGAGCCUUUACGGUAAGACCUCUGCCCAGUCCGUACACAUUGCGUGGGAGAAGUUCAGUAGAGUCCGUUAUUCUACCCGUGGUCUCACUCCCGCUGCCUUUGUUGAUCGCUUCCAAAAAAGUCUGCGUGAUGUCAAAGACCAGUGUGUGGAAGUUCCUCCUACCGUGGAGCUUGCUCAGUUCCAGCAGGCAAUCAAACCGAAUCCAAAUUCGACUACAUUCAUGGCGGACAUGAAAGUAGAUAUUUAUGAUCCAAAUUUUAUGGAUCUGGUGUAUGAAGAGUUCUUGAAAGACCAGUCGCCAAUAUGA